AUGCCUAUCCUCAUUGGCGCGAUGUUCCGACUAUCAACAUUGCUUUUGUCGAUUCGCAUUCACCGCAUCGUCAUCGAUUUUUCUCUGAGGAAUAAUAUGGGUAAACAACGCUGCCUAUAUCCGCUUCGAGUACGACGCCCUGGUGGGACAGCGGAGCCUGGGCUGCGGUGUUGGUGUUGGAUGAGCUUCUGGGUCUUUGUCCUCGGUCGAUGUAACUUUUGGCCAGCACGCUGCAAGGAACAGGAACCUGACACAUGGGAGAUACGGGCUAUCCCUGAAGUUAAAGCUUUCGUGAACCCGAAUGCAUCAGCCGCUGAUAGACUCCAUCACAUUCUUGCUGCUGCCGAUCCACGAGCGAAGCGCUGCAAAAAGUGCAAAGAUUACCGCUCCCCAAUACCGCUAAGACGGGCCUCGUCCGGGAACUCUCGGUGGCCGCUGGACCAAUCCGCCCGCGCACACUGGAGCGCGCCCCCUGUUCCAGCGGCAUGGACGCCGACCCGCGCCUUUCCUGGUUCGGCACUAGCCCGGCGGGGGCCCCACUACCGCUAUCCAAUGGGAGGGUUGGACAGCCGGCGGAUCCAGUGCGCGAGGGCCGUGAUUGGGCCGCGAGCCAGGGGCCACCCAGCAUCCCGGGUUUCUGUACCUGAGAUUACGACGCGUUCCGUAUCGUACAAACGGCUUUCGAAAGAUACGUAA